UGGCUGUAUUUUGCUUGAUGCUGUAGACUCUUCUGGGAAUCUAAAGCUAGGAGCCUUCUCAAAAAAACAACAAAAAAAGAAAUGACCUUUGGCUCUAAAAAGAAGACUCCAUUUUUCAUGAUAAAAUGGCAGUGGUGAAAACCCCCAGCAGAGAACUAAAGAAUGCCGAAGAACCGUUUAAUAACGUUUCACCCAUCCUUUUGAAGAGCCUAGUGGAGGAGCCCAAGAAAAGAACGGAAGUACCUAAUCACCUCCUAGAAUCAAAGAUUUAUGCAAAACUUCUGAAUAAUAAGGUCAUACAGGCAAAACCUGGCAUAUUGCAUUUUGGAAGCUAUCAAAUAGGAAAACAACACCAACAGAUUCUGCAUCUGGUCAAUGUCUCUGAUGAAGACAUAAAUGUUCAUAUUUUACCCCCACAAACCAAAUACUUUCAGAUCAAGUAUGUGAAAAAGGAACACUGCCUUGUCCCUGGCUUGUCCCUCACGGUUACCGUUACAUUUUCUCCAGAUGAGUGGCGAUACUAUUAUGAUUGCAUCCGUGUUCACUGUAAGGGAGAUGAGACUUUGCUAGUUCCCAUCCAUGCCUAUCCUGUCAUGAACACACUGGACUUUCCCUCAUUUAUAAAUCUAUCAAAUGUUCUACUUGGUGAAAGCAAAAAUUAUGUUAUUCCUUUGCAGUGCAGUUGCCCUGUAGAUUUCGAAUUUCAUAUCACUUUGAUUCAGUCUCAUGAAGCGUUUACUGUUGAGCCAACAUCAGGAAUAAUUCCAGCUAAUGGGAAGGUGAAUGUGACUAUUAAGUUUACACCCUUUCACUAUGGGACUGCACAAAUAAAAACGCAGCUAUGGAUUUCACAGUUCAACUCUCAACCAUACGAAUGUGUCUUCACGGGAACCUGCUAUCCCAACAUGGCUUUGAAAUUAGAAGAAUUUGAAAGGUUGAAUACUCUUUCUAAAAAAGUAGACGUUCCUCCAGAAAAGGCAAUGACCCGUAUAAAUUUUCAACAACUGCCAGCAAAGACAAAACCUCCAAAACCUAAGGAAAUUAAAUAUCAGAACUUGAGAUUUCCGGUAAAUUUAUCAAAUCCAUUUGCUGUGGCAACCGUCUUAAACCAAGAACCAGGAAAACUGAAGAUUAAAGAAUUGCGAGAAGUGUUGGACCAAGGCAAUGAGAUUUCAAAAACAAGACAGAUGAAGGAAGCACUCUUUGAACAGAAAAUCAGACAGGACACUAAUGAAGAGAUCAAAAAUCACCUUAAGUGGCAGGUGCACCUUGGUAAAGAUCAAAUGUCUUUUAAAUUUAAAAAAGACAUUAUUGAAGAGCGGCAAAGAGUAAACACCAAAUAUAAGCUAGAUAGAGGAGAUCCUGUUUUGGAUGAGGAAUUUCAGCGACUCAAGACAGAAGUUAACCACAAACGGGUUGUUCGCAAUCUAGAAGAAAAAAUUGAGGAAUUUCAUCCUAAUUUUGAUCCACUCAUUAAUAAUACUUGGGUCAGCAGGUUCAGGGCACAAAGACGGUUUCAACAAGCAGCACGCAAGAUCAUGGUUCAUCUACGAUUACUCCGUAUGCUGAGUGCUGUUCGUGACAUGGACAAAGAGACCAUCAAAAGAAGGCUCAGUAAAGGACAACAGUCGAUAACACAAGAUAAGAGUACCUCCAGAUACCUUCUGCCACUGAUCAGCCACGAUGAUUAUUCCAGCCAGUUCUCUGUGUCGCCCAAGGAUGUGCUGCCCUUCGCCUUCCCAUCCUACAGUCCUCCUCAGGGCUCCAACGAGUUGGCUCCCGAUGGCCUUGGACCAGUCCCAAUUAAAUCUUCAGAAAUUCAAGUCAAGCAGAGUUAUUCCUUCCUCAAUCUGCAGGUUCCUCAGCUGUACAAAAUCAAGGGGUAUCAGCCAUUCUCUGUCCAGAAGUCUUCAACAAGUUACAGACCUCAAAAGCUUGCUCGAGCCCUGAAGCAAGGAGCUGAGGAUGAAGCCACCACCAUCAUAGCCCUGCCGAAGCAGGAGGCCACACCCCAGCUCCCUGGCAAGACCUCCCUCUUGAGCAUGAAACCACCCGAGGCCUUAGCCAGGUCUCCAGAUUAUGACCCGCUUUAUAUUUUUAAUCCCAGCCCAGGAGUAUUUGCUGUGAAGCAUCCUCUGACCUACGCAGAAACCUCAAUAGAUUACCAUCUGUGUUCUCACCCCAAGUACAAGUUCACCAGGGAGUGCCACAGUGGGUCCAGCAUUCCUCUCACCCAAAAGCAGUUUCUCCAUCACACGGACAUAAUUCCCGGAGUGAUGCACUGGAAGAGGUUCCAGUCCCUGGUUCUCUCCUCGCUGCCCGAAACCUCUAAGACAGAGACGACACGAAGCUGUGAUUCCUUCAAUUUAGUUAUGCUUCCUGUAAACGUCCCUGCCGUUCUUGACGCCUUACCUGAAGAAGACAGAUUGGAAACAGUCGAACGUGAGCCCAAUGAACAGAAUGUGGAAGUUAUAUUGACUCCAGAAAUGAUCGAAGUGGAAUUCCCUCUGUUGGACUCCAAGGACACCAAGAAGGAGAAAUAUUUCUGCUUUUUCAAAAUUUCCAGGCAUUUGCCAGAACUUUACAUUUCACCCUCUUUAGAAAGUGCUUCAGAAGCGCUUAACUUUAUUGUAUACUCUCCUAUCCAGGCAGUUAGAGAGGUGAAAGACCAAGCACAGCCGACGGAGAAGGCAGGAGAAAAGGUGCUGGAGGAGAUGAAGAAUCUGCGGGGCAAGGCUCUCAACUCACACCUGAUUCUAGAAUAAAAAUCACGACUAGGUCAGUUCCUCUCAUUUGCUCUCUGCAGGUCACGGUGGUCCUUUGUGUCCAUUUAUGUUCCGGCCAUUUUUGGAAUUAAAGUUU